AUGGGACCUAACAAUGUUGAGAAUGAUAGGGGUGAUUGUGAUUGGAAGCCUAGAGUUCGCAUGACAUUUGAUACAGAACAAGAAGCAUAUGAUUUCUAUAAUACUUAUGGAGGAAGGUUGGGCUUUAGUAUUAGAAGGGGUUAUGUAAACAAGAGCAAAGAGGGGCAAAUCACUUCAAGGCAAUUUGUUUGUAAUAAGGAGGGAUUUCGGGUUGUCGACAAGCGAGAUUCAUUAACAAAAAAUCCUAGGCAGGAAGUGAGGACUGGUUGUCAAGCCCGACUUGUCAUUAAGUGGGAUAAGAAUAUGCAGAAAUUUUUUGUUAGUGAUUUUGUUGAACAACAUAAUCAUAUCUUUGUACCAACAGAAUGUACGCAUAUGUUACCAUCCCAAAGGAAGAUAUCUGCAUCACAAGCAAUCGAAAUAGAUUUAGCCGAAAAAUCUGGAAUCCGUCUUAAUGCUGCAUUUGAGCUCAUGGGUAAUGAAGUUGGUGGAAGAGAGUCACAUGGGGAAACUGUGAUAUUUGGUGCAGCUUUGAUGUAUGAUGAGACCGCCGAUUCUUUUGUAUGGCUUUUUAGAAGAUUCUUGGAGACAAUGUCAAGUAAGGCUCCAAAAACAAUUUUUACGGAUCAGGAUGCUGUAAUGGCUAAGGCCAUACCUAUUGUUAUGCCUAACACAACCCACUGCCUUUGCACUUGGAAUUUGAUGCAAAAUGCAUUAAGGCAUGCAAAUUCUAUCUUCAAGGAUAAGGCGGUGAAGGAUAAGGGGAUGAAGAGUGUUUUAUCCACAUUUAUGUACGACAUUGAGGAUGAGGAAGAGUUUACGUUAAAAUGGGAGGAAAUGCUUGACAAGUGUGAAGUAAAAGAUAAUCAUUGGUUGAAGUUAACAUUUGGGGUGAAGGAAAAAUGGGGUUUGCCAUAUGUUAGAAAUACAUAG